AUGGAACCCCAACAAGCUGAUCACCUCCCAAGUCUCAGGCCCCUUGGGCUUGCAGAACAGUACUCGACUGCGCGUAGCCAUCUUGGCAUUUAUGUCAACGUCUGCGUGACGGCAACUUAUUCCAACCGCCAUGGGCAAAACCUGCCAGAUGCGCUCUAUCGCGGUGUGGCUGCUGUCAUGGCGAAGCAUCCCAUCCUGUCUGCGGUACCUGUAGACACGGUGACUACACCACGAUUCAUCCGUUUGCCUCUUCUCAAUCUCAAGGAAGUUGUCACUUUCAUUGAGAAGCCGGGGUACACACCUGGAGCAACUUCAGAUCCUACCCUGGACGAAUUGGUCCAAAGCCAGCAUAACCUCUCUUUCAAGCAUGACAACUCGUUGGUUCCUUUCUGGAGGAUCACCGUUCUCGGAAAUCACAGGGAUUCUUCGUGGUUCUCUCUGUGUCUCUGUUUUCAUCAUUCGCUGCUGGAUACGCAGAGCGCAGUCAUCAUCCACCAAGACCUGGAGUUCUCUCUGGCCACCAAUGACAAGGGUGCUGCGAUGGAGAUGGUAGAAGGAUCUCGGCAUACAUUGCUUCCUCCUCUAGAGUCAAUGGCUGACCUUCCAACUUCCCCUGACUAUGUCCGUGGCCAGCAAAGCCUCGGCGAGCCACCCCAGAAUUGGUGGAGCGGAAAGCCGCAAACUCUUCCCGUUCAGACGAGAUUCUCUUCUGUUUGGAUCCCCUCAGCUUCAUUUACUUCUCUGCGGCAAAAAUGCAAGGAGCAAGGCGUCACAUUGACAGCGGCCCUCAUGUCGCUGAUCGCCGGGGCCUUCUUCCGCGUCCUCCCCUCGGAAUACAGCGUUGUCCAAGGAGACUGCGCCGUCUCUCUACGGCGCUUUUUGCCAGAUUAUAUAGACCAACGCUCGGCGGGAUGCUACGUCGGGUCCCUGAGCGAGGUCUAUAACAGAGAAUCCCAGUCUAUAUGGAGGGACGCCAAGCGCACAAAGAAGACAAUCAACGAAACCCUGCAAUUAAGAGGCGCCGACAUGCCGGUGGGAUACCUCAAGCAUGUACCGGACAUUGUUGGGUGGCUGACUGGCAAGAUCGGGAAGAGAAGGUGGGCUGCGUGGGAGUUGAGCAACGUUGGGGGGUUUGACGAUGCGCCUGGCUUGAAGAGUGAGGAUCGUCAGAUUCAGAGCGUCAUGUUUAGUCAAAGUGCGAGUGCCUGCUCGGGAGCUAUCAAGGUCAGCGCGGCGUCGGGGAGGGAUGGUAGACUCGGCCUGGGUUUUACGUGGCAGGAGGGUGUUGUAGGUGACGAAGUGGUGAAGGAGCUGAUUCAGAGCCUGGUUGAUCUAAUUCAGGAGAUUACUUCUUAA